AUGGAGCACCUGGGCGUCGCGGAGCUGCUGCGGCGGCGAGGCACCGGUGAGCUCUCACGGGACGAUUUCUUCCGAUGUCUGCAGGACUUGAAGGCCAACACCCCGACGACCCGAAGCUCUGAAGGUCUAGAGCUUCCUGCCUCUCCUGCCCGGCCCAGCACACCCAGCUGCGUGCGAGGCGAGGGACGGCCUUGGUCGUCACCGGGUUCGAGGAGCUCUUCCUCCUUCGCUGCACGCAACGAACUCUGGGAUCUUCAACGCUCAAGGCGCCUGGAGCGGAUGCGUGAGAAGCGCGACCAACAGGAGCUUCGCGAGUGUUCCUUCCAACCGUUUCGUGGAGGGGGCGCGGAGGCGUCCACGAGCCUUUCGCCUUCCUCACAAGCUGCGUUCUGGCAGCGCCUGGCCACCAGCCGUUCGCCGGGGUACCGGGUCUGUCAGAGAUUGGAGGCUUGGAAAGCCGAGCGAGAUUGGGAGCUGCGAGGUGAGUGCACCUUCAACCCGGACACCUCGCGGAGUUCCAGAAGUUUCCAACAGUUGCGGCCUGGGAUGACCGCUCGAACGCCAGAGCGAAGAAAGGCCUCAAGUGUCUCUGAGCUUGACCCCAGCUUCACGCCAAGCACGAACCCAGUGCCAGCGAGGAUGAGAAGUGCCCAGGCCUAUCUACAGCAGAGUGUCUUCCGUCGCUUGUCACAGCCGACCACGCCGCGGAGGGCCACUCCGGCGAGCUUCGCGUCUUCCCCGCGCCUGAGCCGUUGCCGUUCUGAGCCAGGGCUCAGCGAGGGAGAUCGUAGCACGGCAAAUGAGUCACUGCUACGCUUUCUCCAGCGGCAAAAUCUCUGCGAGGAGGCGCGCCAGGAGAGAAUGGAGCGCUUGGAGGCCUCGGUGGCCCCACCACUCAGGCCGGUGCUGUGUGAGCGAUCGCUCCAGCUCGCGGCACGAGGGCGGACAAGGACACCUUCGCCUCGAAGGGCCACGCCAGCUGAAAAGGAGAUGCGCUUCAAGCCACGCAUCACAUCGUUGGCGAGGCAACACGACUUCCGUGGCUUCGACCAGCUGGGCCCUCUGGACCAGCGCCGGCGCGAAGAGCGUGCUCGGCGGCGGCUGGAGGAGAAAUUCAGGAAGGAGGCGAAACAAAGCGCACACUUCUUCAAGCCUGUGGUGAACAGCUAUCAGAACAUCGGUAGCCGCAUCAAGGUUUUGGAGGAGCCUGACACCUACUUGGAGCGUGUCUCGCGAACUCGGGAACGUGCCCUCCAGGUCAUCAGGAACCAAUGCAAGGAGGACUUCAGCUUCAAGCCGAAGGUUCAGCCCGCGCCCUCCUUGGUGCAGCGCAUGGCAAGGUCCCAUCGCGCUCUUCGGGAGAUGCGUGAAAAGGAGAACCGCUCCAAGGCAUCUUCACGGCCCGCUUGGCAGUCCUCAACGCUGCUAGAGUGA